AUGCAUCUCCCUCUAGGAGACACCAGCGGCAGCUCUCCUUGGGGUCCCCUGGGAGUCCCCUUAUGGGGGCCCCUGCGGGGCCCUCAAGGGUUACCCAUUAGUUCCCGAGCGGCAAGGCGGCAGCAGCAGCAAAAGGUGCAGCGUAACAUCCGUCUGUUCGGCUCGGGGUUCCCUGAUAUAGAGGCGCUUGAUGUAGGGCCACCUGAUAUAGGGGCCCAUGAUAUGGGGACCCCUCCUGCAGGGGCCCCUGUUGUAGGGGCCCCCUCUGGUGUAUUGUAUCCUUUAGAUAUAUCGAUAGCAUUAAGGAAGCAGAAAAAGGAGGGAAAAGGCAAUCUAUUAAAUGAUAAGGAAAAACUUAAGAAAAUGGAAAGCCCUCACUUUGGAAAGAGAGAAAAAAACCAGUCGGGACCCUUUCAAAAACAGCAGCAGCCGUUGUCUGCUUGGCCUGUGGGCACGCUUGGGGCAUCUGCAUGCAGCUCAGCAGCAGAAGCAGCAACAGCAGCAACAGCAACACCAGCAAGGAGAGCAAGACCGCAACGGUCCCCACCUCGUCCCCUCCCCCCUUAUCGCAUAGAAGGGGCACCACUGGAGGGGCCAUCAAGGGACUACUGGGAGUGGGGCCCCUCGGGGGGCCCCUCGGAGGACCCCCUGGGGAGCCCGCGGGGGGGCCCUUUUGUAUAUGAAGGGUUGGAAAGGGAGAUGGGCGAGCAUGUGGGGAGAGGGUUUACUGAUGAAGAGGCAGGAGAAAGGAGACAGGUGUGGGGAGGGCACGAGAGAGAAAGAUGGAGGAGAUCCGGAUUGCUAAGGCAGUUAAUGAAGGAGGGGAAAGUAAUUCUCCGUUCUGAUUAUUCGCAGCAAAUGCUUAUGAAAGAAAAACAAAAAUAUUUUAAGAGAAAUAGAAAGACUUUAAAGAGCAGCAGACACCAUUGGGAGCAGUCUGCUGCUGCUGCUGUUCCUGUAGCUGGGUGGCCCCCCUCACGCCCAGGGGACCCCCCCGUGGAGCAGCAGCAGCAGCAGCAGCAGCAAAUAAAAAGGAGACAACAGCAGACAACAGAGAAAUUAGUUGUAACUCAACAAGAAAGGACACCAAAGGAGACACUGCAACACACACACGCCAAUAUCGACCCUAAGCUCCAAGGGAUAUUGGAAACGGAAGCUGUGCGCCUUUUUGAGGCUGCCACUGGAGACCUUCCCUCCAUCUUCGGGGGACUACGCAAAGCAAGGCACGCUGCUGUUACUGCUGCUGCUGUUGCUGCUGCCGUUGGUACUGCUGUUGGAGCAGAUGAUUUCGUUGUGCCUCUGCUGCAGCAACAUGAGAAUAUUGUGAAACACUUUGCUGCAAUUAAUGGCUCUUGCGUCGCUGCAGCAGCAGGUGCAGCAGCAGCAGCAUUAUUUAUAUUUUCUGCUUGUGUUUGCAUUUGUUUAAGGAGGGAGAAACACCCAAAAGAUUCUUUUGUUCCUUUUAAUCGUCUUAAAGCAUACGGAAGGAUGAUUGACCAAAUAACUGCGUGUAGAAAUAUACAAGACGAGGUUGGUUUCGAGUUGCUGUGUGCGCCUGGCAACAGCAACAGCAGCAGCAGCAGCAGCAACCGUCGUGAGCCUGUGCAGCACAUGCCUCCUCCCCGUGGCAUCCGAAUAAACAAAAAUUAUGAAUUAUCAGAGGAAAAAAUAAGAAAGGCAGCAGAAAAACUGCAUGAGCCGCUGCAGGAAAUGGAGCAGUCAUUUGCUGCUAUCGAAAGGCGAAGAAUGGCCCUUUCUGAAGAACCACCCCGCAUCUUAGGCGGAGGCAGAUAUGCUGUCUAA